UUUCCCGUUAAUUUUUGGCUUAGAUAUCCCAUAUUCCCCAAAACCCCUAAAAGGCCCUCGAUAUUUCCAUGUUUAUUUUCCAGGUUUGCUUACCCUUAAACGUCACUUAUUACGUAUUGUACUAAUGUAUUAGUGUAAUGUUACAAUACGUACCUUUUUUUCUUAGUUUUGCAAACUGACAAACACUUCCGAACGAUAUAUAUCUGCAGUACAUUAUCUCUUUGUUCCUCAAAAUAGAUUCAUAUAAUUAAGGGAUAAUGUCUUAGUGGUGAUCGUAACACAAGCUUUUGAUAGCUGUAUUUAGCCAAUUAGAGCGUAGAGAACGUGCAGUAAUGUACUCGUGCCAUACACGGCCAGUAAAUAAGAAAUGUGAUCUUUAACUUCUGUUUUCACUAUCUGCUUUUAAUUUGUUAGCAGCUAGACUGACUGGAGAACGAAAGACUCACUGGAAAACAGAAUCAACUCAUUCUCGUGGGCCUUGAAGAACAACUUCGGUCCCAUGGCUAGCUAACGAGGGCAUUUUUCUUCAAAGAGAAGAUCUACAUUUGCCAUUUGCGACAUUUUUCCACGAGAUGAACAACUCUACAAACGAGUUGUCGAGUAAAAAUCAGACGAAGCAAGGAUCCACAAGUUUGAGCGAGGCUGAACGGAACUUUAAAAUUAUAUUUUACUUCUGUCUGUUCGUUGUUGGUUCCUUGGGAAAUCUCCUGGUCAUUGCAGUCGUAAAAGCAAAACGUAAACGAACUAUAAAUGAUUAUUUCAUUUUAAACUUGGCAGUGUCAGACCUUACGUUUUUGUGGUUUUCUCUUCCUUUCUACACCUAUGAGCUUUUCCAGGCAUUCUACAAAAACGUAUUUUACUGCAAACUUAUUUGGCCCAUGAUGUCGGUGACUCUCUCUGUAAGUGUUUUCACCUUAACAUCCAUGGCGGUUGAACGAUGUCGAGGAAUCAUAAAUCCCUUACAACCAAGAAUUAAACUGCAAGCUACACUGGUUUGGAUUCUGCUUAUAUGGAUUUGCGCUUUUGUCACGAUAACCCCUUUGAUGGUCGUAACGCGACCGGAUUCUGUGCUGUGUUUUGAAGAAUGGCCGAAGACAUAUUACCGUCAAGCAUACACCGCCGUGCUGUUUGCCCUUCAAUACGCCAUCCCGUUGAUUAUAAUCGCCAUAGCGUACCUGCGAAUCGCCUUUCGUCUAAUCACAUCUAAGUUACCAAUGCGCACUUCUGUCAACGCUCGCGGACAAGUUGUCAGACAAAAGUCAAGAAGCGAAAAUGUUCAGAUCAUACGUACACUAGCUGUGAUUGUGAUUCUUUUCAUGGCCUGUAUGUUGCCCAAUCAGAUUGCUUGGAUGCUGUUCGAUUUCGGUAGUGAUUCUCAAAAGCACCUUUCGCAUGCUUUCUGGAUCAGCGCGGAAGCAUUAAUAUUCCUCCACGCAUGCGUGAACCCGAUUGUAUACGGGACAUUAACAGGCCAGUUUCGUCAAGGGUAUGUUCGGUAUUUACGAUACGCGUUCGGCUGCUGUCGAAAAACCCGAAUAGGCUCACCCGAUUUUUCGGAAAUCCGGACACGUGACAAACACACAAGACGAAAGAGUAGUGGUGUUAUAGUCCACGGCUCUCUGAAAUACAAAAGUUUCGUCGACAGAAGUAAAACCAUCAGUUUUCAAUCGCAGUCCUCGCCAAGCUUAUCCAUAACCGGAGAAAGCAACAGCGUUCAUGGAGGCUCUCCUUCUGCUCGGCAUCAACAUAAUACAAAGAUCCAAGCAGCGAAAGUCAACAAGCAGAAUUGCACGAAAACGAAAGUACUUUUGAAAUUAUCUUUUGCAAACUCUUCUUUGGACAUGUCUGAUGAGGAACAUAGUGUUCGGGACACGAAAUUGUAAUUGAUGUAAUCCGUGUUAGUUGAAGAUAAAAACGUUCUGCUCCAAACACCGCAUGAAAAUUGAAUUUACUGUAUAUUUGAUUUUCGUCAAAGGCGAGGUCAAUUUAUGACCAUAGCUUUGAUCCAACCUUUGAUGCGCGUCUAAAAUUAGUCAAAUAUGUCAUGGUUUUUUAUAUAUGUUUGAUUAAUGUCAAAAGCGAAGUCAAAAGAAUCAAAUAUAACCAGCUUUGACGCAAGUCAAAAGAGUAAUCAAAUAAGCUAAGGAUUUGCAAUACAUUUGAUCCUUGUCAAAAGCGAGAGAUCAAAAAUGUCAAUAGCUUUGACGCAACCCUUGAUGCGCGUCAGAGACGUUCAGACUCCACAGCUUUGCCUACUUUACGGCUUUGUUUAACUUUGAUCCUAGGUCAAAGGACGUGGUCAAGGGAAAAAAAUCAACUUAUAAACACCCUGUGUUAAUUUCGUUAUUUUCCUGUUGAACUGAAGGUGGCUCAAAAGUUUCUAGCACUUUCCAAGACGUAGAUUGUGAUGGGUCAAUAUUACCCGCGCUCAUAAUCAGUUGAUACUACAAUCAUGGUAUCCCAAAACUGCCCAAUCAUUGGAGACGUUGUCAUUUUGGUGACACAAUAGG